GGAGAUGUUUAGGAGAGAUGGCAGUGGAGUUUUUUUUACUAGAUUGUUUAACACAAUCUUGGAAAGCCACCUGUGUAAAUACACUUCUGGCUGGCUUUUAGAGGGAUCCCUAGACUAGAGAUCCCAAUCAUGGAGGCUCGGUUUGGCAACAUAGUGUUCAGCUCCAGUUUUGACUCAGGGAACCUGGCCCGUGUGGAGAAGGUCGAAAGGGGACACUCCUCCCUUUCCACAGAUGCAUCCUCCAAUGGAGUUGCCCCCCUUGGACAUAACCUCACGCCUGACUAUGAGUUCAAUGUGUGGACACAGCCAGAUUGUGCUGGGACAGAAAAUGAGAAUGGAAACAGAUCAUGGUUCUACUUUAGUGUGCGUGGAGCCAUGCCUGGGAAAAUACUGAAGAUCAAUGUGAUGAACAUGAAUAAACAAAGUAAGCUCUACAGCCAGGGCAUGGCUCCCCUUGUACGUACACUACCUGGAAAACCCCGCUGGGAGAGGAUUCGGGACAGACCAACCUUUGAGUUGGUGGAUAACCAAUUCAUCCUGUCAUUCACCCACCGGCUGCUAGAGACACGAGGGGCAACCGCCUACUUCUCCUUCUGCUACCCCUUUUCCUACAGUGAGUGCCAGGAGAUGCUGCAGCAGCUGGACCAAACCUACCCUAGUGCUGCCCAACUUAGCCCCAGCAGUGCACGAGACAGUGUGUAUUACCAUAGGGAGCUGCUGUGCUACUCUCUGGAUGGUAACAGGGUAGACCUGCUGACUGUGACCAACUGCAGCGGGAUGGAGGAAGAGAGAGAGCCCCGCCUGUCAAAACUGUUCCCUGACACCAAUACUCCGCGACCGCACCGCUUCCCUGGCAAACGGGUGUUUUUCCUCAGCAGUAGAGUGCACCCUGGAGAGACUCCCUCAUCAUUUGUCUUCAAUGGUUUCCUCAGCUUUAUCUUGAGAAAAGAUGAUCCACGUGCCCACACACUCCGCAACAUGUUUGUCUUUAAACUCAUUCCUAUGCUCAACCCAGAUGGGGUGGUUCGCGGACACUACAGGACUGAUUCCAGAGGUGUCAACCUGAACAGACAGUACUUGAAUCCCAGCCCUGAGCUGCACCCUUCCAUUUAUGCAGCUAAAACUCUGUUGCUCUACCACCAUACACACAACCGCCUGCAAAAUGCAUACCCCAACACACACCCUAACAGCCCCAUACACACACACACCAUUCCCCUCAGCAAUAAGCCCACCAAUCAGCACCUAGCGUCUCCCCUCACCGCCUUGGAAGUCAGCCUAAAUCAACGGAACGCUGAGAAGGAUGCAUAUCCCGCCCAGCCAGAGGUUCCUAUGCUGACAGAGGAGAAUGUCUGGGUCACUGCAGAGAUGGACAAGGGUGAUGAGAACAAUUCACCAAGCUCCUCAGACACUGUGACCCCAGUCACUGUAGAGGUUUCACUCACACAGGGAGAGCUAGACGAGCUAAUACCGCCCCAUGAGGGGGGUGUGGCCUAUUAUGUGGACUUGCAUGGCCAUGCCUCCAAACGUGGCUGCUUUAUGUAUGGUAACAGCCUACUUGACGAGAGCCAGCAGGUGGAGAACAUGCUGUACCCAAGGCUGAUUGCAGUCAACUCCGCACACUUUGACUUCCUGGGUUGUAACUUCUCAGAGAAGAACAUGUACGCAAGAGACAAGAGGGAUGGCCAGUCUAAAGAAGGCAGUGGCCGGGUGGCCAUUCACAAGGCCAUAGGGCUGCUGCACAGUUAUACUUUGGAGUGCAACUACAACACAGGGCGAGCCAUGAAUACCAUUCCUCCUGCCUGUCAUGACAAUGGACGGGCAACACCUCCUCCACCACCGUCAUUCCCCCCAAAAUACACUCCAGAAAUAUUUGAACAGAUUGGGCGUGCUGUAGCUGUCUCAGCCCUGGAUAUGGCGGAGUGUAACCCUUGGCCAAGGCUAGUCCUGUCAGAGCACAGCUGCCUGACGAACCUACGAGCCUGGAUCCUGAAGCAUGUCCGCAACACCAAGGGCAUCAACACACACGUCCAUGCACAUAUCCCUCCACGAUUACACCACAGCAGUAGCAAGGCGUCAUCACCAAAAAGUUUGAACAACUCUCUGUCCAGCUCAGUGUCGGAGAACACACUGAAUUGUGUUCGCUCACACAGCCACAAUAACAGCAGCCAGACACCCUCCCCAAAGAUCCACGCGUCCCCGAGCUUCACCUUCGGCUGCCCUCCGACCUACACACAUGCACACCACAACAGCACGCACACCAGCAGCCGCGGAGGCAUCAAGAACCUCGGCCCAGUCAGAGACACUAAGGCUCAGGAGAAGAGACGCCCUCCCCACUACCGCUCCGUCCUCCGGUCUCCUGGCAACAGCCACACACACACCCGCCCCCCACUGUCACCCCCCUCUUCCUCCUCCUCUUCCUCCUCCUCGUCUUCAUCCUCCUCAGUGUGUGCAGCAGGCUCUUGCCCUCUCCCAGCCUCCGUCAGUAUGGCAGGUCUGUACUCCCUCCAGACCCCCAGUCUCUCUGCUCUGCUUCCAUCCUUGCAGGCGCUACCCCACCCUGGGCUCCUCUCCAAACUGAGCCCCCUUCUCCUUCAGGGCCUUCCGCCCCCACAAGCUACCAGCCUCAGCUGCCCAGAUUUCCAGGGCAGUGAACCCAGUUCAGUGAGUGGGCCUAAGACGGAAUUCCCAAGACAGCCAUGGCGACGUGGAAGUCGGGCCCUAACCAUCACACAUCGCACUGUAGAGGCUCACACACAGACUUCUAGACAAACGGGCCCUAAUCACAUCCUUUCCUCCACUGGGUUCAGCAAGUCUGAGCUGCAACCUCGAAUCAGCCGCAUUCCCAUCCGGAGGACAGGGUCGACGGAAACCCCUCCCAUACGUAAUGUAAAUGCGUGCCCCUCCAGCAAUAACCCCACAUCCUUUGGAAUCAAGGAGUCGGCCACCUUGAGGGUUUGGAGGCUCUUCAAGCCCGGUCUCCGCAAACACCUGUCCCUCACAGGCAUUGGAGAAAGCAGUAUAUCUGAGUCACUGGUGUGA